GAUUGCGUCAGAAUUAUCAGAAGUCAAGACUGGAUGACACAUAUAUGUGAUUUUGCAAAUAUCGUAUUGUUGUUAUUCCAUAAGCGAAAAUUGAAAAACGUUAGCGAGUAACUAGGUACUGGAUUUAGUUUCUUUUUAUUGCGAGUAUUUAGGGCAGGCCUACUAGUAAUCACAAUCAAAGUUUAACAUACUUUCUGUCUUAAAUUUAUUGUCCAAUUUAUACAAAAAACGAAAAUCCAAAUUAGACGAUAAUUUCGGGACAGAAGGAAUAUAAGAGACUGUUCUAAUAUGAUUAUUUAGUUUGUUGUACUAAAAGUAGUACGAAAAGUAAUCAAUCAAUACAGAUAAAUGGAGUGCUUAGUUUGGUUAGCGAAAAGGGAAAUAAUGAAAAAGAAAAAAAAAUGAUGUUUACUAGCAUUUAUUAGUUCCACAUUUCCUGGUUAUAUUAUAUCUAGUCUCUGCUAUCAUUGAAAAAAAAAAAUGAAUGUUCGCUUUGUUCAAGGUUGAUCUUUACUAUUUCUGUGCAAACUGUCCAAGUCCCAAGAACAUUCAUAUCGAUUCAAAUCUAGGAAGUGCAAUUUUAAAAUCAUAUCAUCCGCUUUAAAGUCAAUGAAUUAGUGCAAGCUUCAUUCAUCUCUAAAGGAAAUGAUAGUAAGUCUUGAUGGCAAAGAAGAAGAAGAAGAGCAGCUGGUUCAGUGUUCUUAAGAGGCUCUUCAUUUCAGAUACAAAUUCAGGAGGACCAGAAAAGAAGGAAAAGAAAAGAAGAUGGAUAUUUGGAAGGUUGAAGAACAAAAGAUUAGCUUCUCUUACAGCACCAGAGGAGAAGAGAACACAAAAUGAAGCUGAAGAUCAUUUGAAGCAGAAAUGUCAAAAUCUCUCUGCUGCAGCAGAUGUAUCUCUGAGUACUACUACUAAUCCUGAUCAGGAUUCCCAGUUAUUCGGAAGUUCCGAUGAAUGCCACAAAAACUCCCAAAAUAUUUCAGCUGUCCAUUCCCAAAAUAUUUCAGCUGUCCAUGAUCUCAUUAGUCCAGUUCCACAACCACUUGAUCAACCUCAACUGGACAUCCUCCAGCUUGUAGCUGCCAUCAAAAUCCAAUCAGCAUUUCGCGGUUAUCUCGCCAGAAAAGCCUUACGUGCACUUAAGGGAUUGGUUAAGCUUCAGGCAAUAAUUCGUGGUUGUGCAGUUCGACGACAAGCUAUGAAUACCCUCAAGUGUUUACAGACCAUUGUAAACAUUCAAUCAGAAAUCUGUGCAAAAAGAUGUGACAUGUUAGAGACCCCUCUGCAGGAGACAGAAAAGGAUAUAAAGAUUGAUUCAAACAGCCAGAAAAGAUGGGACGACAGUGUUUUGCUGAAGGAAGACACCAAUGCCUUAUCAAUGAACAAAAAGGUGGCUUCAGUUAGGAGAGAACGGAUCAAGGAAUAUUGGUUAAAUCAUCGAAGAUCCACAGAGUCAGAGCAAAGCAAGUUCAAUCUUAAACAGAGAUAUUGGUUAGAACAGUGGGUGGAUUCUCAGUUGGCAAGAAGAGAUGACCUCCAGAUGAACUUGGGUACGUUCAACUCGGGAAAUGCAAAAACCAAAGAGGAAGCAAAUAACCGACGGCUCAGGCUGAGAAAUCUUCAGAAACAUGAACAAUUCAAGGCACUGGAUGAUUCUCCAACAAUAAAUGUUCCAAGGAGAUCAUUUGAUCGUAGGAGACAGCAUUCUGUCGGAGGUGAAGGAGAAGGAGACAAUGGUGAUCUAGUGGGAACGUCCCCUGCUGUUCCAACAUAUAUGGCGGCCACUGAAUCCGCCAAGGCAAAAGCUAGGUCAAUGAGCUCGCCACGGCUCAGACCUAUACAUUUUGAUUCUUAUUCCGAGAUAAGUUCUCCCUACAAGCACAAGCUGCUAUCUCCUAUAUCUUCAAUCAACAGUGAAGCGACAACCUGCAGCCAGAUGGUGAUUAGCAGCAGACACAUUUCUUUCUCCCAAAGAUCUCCAUGCUUGAAAGGUAAAUCUAGUUCAGUGAAGCUAAGUAAAAGCUUAAACCAUGAUCAACCCAAGGCCUACCAAUGAAUCAACUAUGGCAUUCCUCUUGUUAGAUAUUCCUGUCCCAAAAUUGUAUUCUGAAACAGUUAAAGUCUGGAUAAUAAGAUUCCUUGGCUCCUCCAUCUAUGUUAUAUUGGGUUUAAGUUGGAUGCUCGGGUAUUUGUGUGUUUGAAACGAAAGUGCAUACGUGUGAGUGAACUUCUAUAGAUGGAAAUCUUAUCAUGUCUGUUUUUCUGCAACUUUCGACAACUAUGAAGCUGAUCACUUACUGUAAUUAACAUGAUGCAUUCAGCAUCCUUACUUCUUGCAAUCGCAGAAGUCUAAUCUAGGAUAUCAGCUUGAAUCUCUAUGAUCCUGUUCUCAAGAACUUUUCAAUUACACAAUCCCAAAGGCAAAAGGUACCAUAUUGCUGCAGAAGAGAACAACAAAUAGAAGGAAAGGAUGCAUGCGCAGUGAAAAUGGGCUUCCUGUUGCCAAUGGACAGACCUCAAAAAAGUGAUGAACAAGAUCAAAGAUGUAAAUCUUGAAGAUAAUAAUUAAAGUACCCAUAUUACAGCAAAACUCUUAUUAGUAAAUGUAAGUAGCAUCAAAAGUAGUGAAUUACUAAUACAACUGGUAGAAGAAGAGUCAGCCACAAAAGACUAGGAAAAGAUUCAUCUACUUUCCAAAUUCAAAGUAACACUUUCAAUGAAAAUCCCAAUGCUCACAAUGUGGUUAAACUCAUAGAUACUGGGAACGGAAUGACAUUUUGUGGUCGUAUUCUGCUGCAGCUAACUCUUUAACUCUCCUACUCCUUGAACCUCUAUUCCUGCAUCUUUUACAAAAUUACAAGAAAUAUUUCUGCAAUUAGCCAAUACAAAUCACUCACUACACCUAUUUUUGACAUUUGAUUGAAAGAGUAAUUCACUAUUCUUCUUCUUCAUAAGCUUCUGCUGCAGCAAUAUCAGAUUCCAACUUAAUGAUUAACUGCUCACUUAAAUGCUUGGCAACAGAUACCAUAUCAAGUAUGACACUAGGGUCUAGGCCUGCACCCCCUCGUUUUGUCAUUCCACAUAUAUGUCCUUGCCUAUUCACGGAAACAGAGACAGCUGAGCUCAUCUGAGAUUCUUCUUCUGAAGUCGCAUCCACAAUAUAGUGCUUACCAACCU